AUGCUGAGAUUGGAAGAGCGUGUAGACCAUGAGGGCGUCCGAGGACCAUCGCCCUUCCUCGGCAUGCAGGUGAAGCUCUCUGACGAGGGCAAAGCGAUUCUGCAGGGACAUGGCUUUCGUUCUUCACUGCCUCAGGAACGCGGGACAGUCGUGUCGUUGCGCCAGGACAAGAACAGUCGCUGCAUCGCAACGCUCGCUCACCCGACGAUGCUCAACAAGGACACGGAGCCGGUUCUGUCGCCCAGCGGGACGAUAGAGGAGGAACAACUGCAGAGCAUGGGGAUCUACCUUCAGGUCGCAGCCGUCAUGACACGAACAAUCCAUGGUAUAUGGGUUGCGAGAAGCUCGUGCUGUUGGUGGAAGGACGCAGGUGCGACGGUAGUGCACAAGCCAAGCAAGAGAGCGGUUCAACUGCAGUCUUUGGUAGUGGUGGUGAACAGAGAGGACCGAUAUGAGAGGAUACAGUGCCUGCCCGAAGAAGUCGAUCAGGAUGGUUAUGUUCGAGGGAUGUGUCUGUUCGAGGACAACAAGUACGAGGCUGCAGAACGGGAGCUGGAGGCCGCACUUGAAGAUCCGAACGUCGAUGGCGUAAACGCUAUCAAGAUCAUGAUGUACCUGAAGGCUAUCCUUGCAGACAGAGGAAAUCUAGGAAGUGCACUUGAGCGCUGCAAGGAGACGGUGGAGAAGACUUCCCUCCUUGACCACGGGGAUCCUCAGAUGUUUGAGCUUCACAUGAUGGCGUUGAGCAACUUGGGAGAGAUGUACCUGCAAUUGAACGACAACAUCAGUGCCAAGUACUUUCUUGCCAAGGGGUUGAAACUUUGCCGGCUGUUGGGAAGGAUUGCGAAUGAAGCGAAGCUCUACGGUGGGCUCGGAGAUAUCUGUGAGGUGGAGAAUGACCUUAUGAUGGCGAGGCACUACUAUGAGAAGUACUUUGAACUGUCUUGUCGUUGUGAAGAUCGGCAGUCGAUGGCAGCGAGCUGCUCUUGUUUGGAGAGAGUCUAUCGUAGACUCAUCCGCAGCAACAUGCCGCUCUCAGAUCAGACGUGUGAGAUUUACGCGGAGAAAGCGGACCUCUACGGCAGGUGCGCUGUGGAGAUAUCAAGGAGCAUCGAUGAUAAGAUGUUGAUAGCCGAUGUUGACCUGCAUUCUCUAUCUUUGAAGGAGGAGGGGCUGGAUGAAAAGAUCGAGCAGGCAGAGGAGUGUGUGAGCGUGUACCGGGACAUGUCGGCGGAUGAAAAGUUGUCGGUCUCGCUCGACGUGCUCGGCAGGUUGUACAGGCAGGCUGGGAAUCUGGAGGGAGCGAUGAAAUGUCUUGAAGAAUCUUUGACCUUGUCCGAGAAGGCUCAGAAGUCAAUCCACAAGGUCGGAGACUCUCUCAGGGUUUCCUUCUUCGAGCAGCAGCAGGCGACGUACAACCAGCUGGUUGACCUCCUUGCUAGUCUGGCGAGGGAGGAUGUGGAUAUGCAAAGGAGAGCCCUUCUUGUAGCAGAGAGGAGCAAGGCUCGGACACUGACAGACACAAUCGUCCUCAAGCAGCAGGAAACUUCGACAUCUCUGUCGACCUGGAACGAGUUGAGCUGGGAUGAGCUGGUCGAUGUCGUGAAGGGAGAGAAGAAAACGAUGAUUGAGUUCUACGUGACUUCUCAACAUCUCCUGACUUGGAUGCUUCAACCCGACGGUCAGCUGCACUUCGUUCGCACGGAUCUGCAACAGUUCUUUACCUCUCACAACUUUCCUUCAUCCUCCUCCAACCCAUCGCAGCAGCUGCAAACGUUUGUGGAAAAUCUGAUCCGCGACAUUGAGCUGGAGGCAAGAAGAGCUUCUGAAGACGCCAUCUCCCUUCUCUUCCAGCUCUGCCUGCAACCCAUCCAGCACCUGCUCCGAAAGCAAGUGGCAGUAAUGAUCGUUCCUCACUCCGCCCUCUACCUCCUCCCAUGGUACUGUCUGCUCUCCUGCCUUGACGCCCCCCCGCUUCUCCUUCCCUCCCUUUCCCUCCUGAUGGCGAUCAGAUCGCGAGGGCAGGCGAAGAGGGCAGGCGGAGCCUUGCAGGCCAUGGUGGUGGGAAAUCCUCUCCCUGUUCCCUGGGUGAUAGGGGGAGGAGCGCAGGAGCUGGAGGGAGCGGAGCGGGAGGCAGAGGCGGUAGCGCGGAGCCUGGCGAGCAUGGCGAUGGAGCCGGAGCUGCUGCUGCGGGAGGAAGCGAGCAAGGAGGCGGUGCUGAGGAGGAUGGAAGACUCUUCCUGGCUUCACUUCGCCUGCCACACUGCAGCUGACGUGAGAAUGGGGCUGAUCUCGCGCGAAGCUGCUCUCUUCCGCCCGCACACCUCCGCCAUCUUCCUUGCCAACGUCGAGCGGAGGACGGGGCUGCCAUGGAGCAGCGUGAUCCUGUCCCUUGAAGAGGUCUGUGCCUCCGAAGUGGUCAAGGGCAGUGUGGUUGUCAUGAGCUCGUGCAGCUCUGGGAGGGGAGCGGUGAAGCAGGAGGGAGUCAUUGGCCUUGCCCGCGCCUUCCUGAUGGCAGGAGCGAGCACCGUCGUGUGCUCCCUGUGGGACCUCCGGGACGGGAGCCAGAGGACGCUGAUGGAGUUGUUUUACAGGAGGCUGGAGGAAGGAGAGGCUGUAGAGGACGCACUCUUCCAUGCUCAGCGCUCCCUGCAGGCAGCGAACCCUUGCUCCUUGUCCUCUAGCUCGACGGAUCGCGGGAGGUUGGACAGGCCGCCUGCUGCUGGGCCUCCUGCUCUCACUUCUCGAGAUUGGGGGUCGAUGGUGGUUGUUGGCGCCUCCUGCCCCUCUCCUAAAUCUUGGAGCCGUUCUUGA